AUGACUCUUGGUGGCCCGGUGGUGCUCCUUUGCCCUGAUCUGAAGUGCUUGGAAGAUGACUCCCAACUUCGAGGUCUCGCCGAUGUCCAGCUGGACCUGAUCCUGCUGAACUCUUUGCCAGACGGACAGCACUUCAAGCCCAGGCUCCUAGGCGAAGCGCUUCACUGCUUCUGUGCCUUCGGACGAGUGGAUCCUGCAAAUGCCUUGCUGGCGCGGGGGGCUGACCCCGACUUCAGACACAAGGGCAAGACACCUCUAGAUGUGGCGUUUCAGCGUCGCUGGUGGGACGUUGCGCAAGUGCUGAUUGACGGCGGGGCGACCAAGAUCGGCAAGGUUGAGCUCGGCAAGUACAUUGACCAGGUGCCCAAAGCGGGUGGCAACACCUUGCUCUACCAGGCCGCGCAAGAAGGCGAUGUACAGAUGUCGCGCCUCUUGCUCAUGGCCGGAGCGGACAAAGAGAAGGCCUCGGGCGUCGACUACGACACACCUCUGGGAGUCGCGUGCAGCAAAGGCCAUCUCCAGACCGCACAGCUGCUACUCGCGGCCGGCGCAAAUAAAGACAAGCCCGUUGGGAGCGAGCCUCUGCAGCGUGCAUGCAGGAACGGCCAUGCUGCCAUCGUCAGUCUUCUCCUCAGUGCUGGCGCCGAUAAGGACCAGGUGUUUCGACCGCAUCUCUGCACGCCGCUGAGCUGUGCUUGCGAAGGCGGCCACGUGGAAGUCGUGAACCUCUUGUUGUAUUCCGGCGCCAGUCCUGACAAGGUUUGCAACUCACGGGAGCCUGGUGCACUCUACGUGGCAGCUGAGAGUGGCCACGCCGACAUCGUGGGCCUCUUGCUACGGGCCGGCGCCAACAGACAGCAGGCUUGCGGCUUCGACUACGACAUGCCGCUGAAAGCUGCGAGUCGGCUUGGCCACCGCGAUGUCGUGGAGCUCCUCAAAGCAGCCAGAGCUGAGAGUCGGACCUGA